UUGAAUAGGCCUACACAUGACGUCCUAGGUCAUGUGAUCAUUAACACAGAAGAAUCAGUAAAAUUGAUGUUUAAAAAAUCAGCCCAAAGACAAAGUGUCAGUGUCUGCCAUGUGCCUGCCUAAAGUCAUGUUAUGAACCGACCCUCGCUCUUGUUUUGUGUCACACUAUAAAUAGAUUCAACUGAGUGCACCAGAUUCACUUGGAAUAAAUAUCAUUGAAACAUGGAAGGCCUAGGCCUAUUUGUUUUGUAUAAAUUUUGCUUUGUAUUUGUAAUGCCUGUGCCAUUGCCAGGUUUUAAACCAACCUCAUCCACCUGAGUUCACAAUCUCGCCGCCAGAGGUCUCUGGCGGCGAGAUUGCUGAGUUCAUUCCGCCAUUUUGUUCUCUAUUUGAUGCAUUUUGGCAUUGUUUGGUGUGAAAAAAGCUUGUGAAAGGCGUUUUAGCAUGAAUACCAUCAAGGUGAAAAUCCUCAACAAUGAGUCUACACGUCCCAAAUCCCACAUAUCCUCUUGCCUGAUUGCAGGCAAAGACGAUUUUUACGAUCUUGUGUACACCAAAAUGGUACACAACGCUGAUAUGAUUGUCAAAAAUGCGUCGUUACUUCUGGUGGAUACGGACAUUGACAACACUAAGCAUGCAAUAUUUGUCAAGGCAAAAAGUAAGAUCUACCCAACCGAAGACUUCGCUGUGAAAGAAGAUCUCAUGAUGCAAUUUUUCCAUGCACCAACUAUGCCACUGGACCAAUUGCAACAAUCUCCAAUCAAACAAAGAGCAUCCCUCCUUGUCAAAAUAAAACAGAUUUCUCCACUCAAAACAGCCCCUGAUGCAUCGUGGAAGCGCAAAGAUAUCAUCAUAGAGGAAGAUGGGCAGGCUUCAACUUCAACAGCAACUCUGAAGCUGUGGAACAAGUCCACUGAUCUCAUAGGUGACGUCCACCUUAAUAAGAAAAUCAAGGUAGAAAAUGUUGAAAUAACCGAAUUCAACAUGCAAAAACACUUCCGUGACACCCCAGAAACAGCCAUCACUUCUUCAGAAGACAAAUGCAAUGUCAACAUCAUUGCAGUCUCUGGAAAAGAACUCCUUAUUAUUCGAAAUGGCCUCCAUGAAGCAGAAUCGUACAUCUUCGCAUCAGCAGAUCCAAUGCCAACUAUCCCAAGCCUUCCAGCCGCAGCAAGAGCAGUUCUGUCAGGAAACACAGUCACAGAGAUCAUGCUCACCACUGUCAACUGGAAACCACUUGCCACAACAUCUGCCAUCCCCCCUAAACCAUCAGUCGCCAAAACAAAAAAGUAAAUUUAUGGACACCCCAUCUGUUGCAUCAACAAACUUUGAAAUCACCCAUUAGUUCCGCUAUUCAUCAUCAUUAUACAGGGUGACCCAAAAGAAAGCCAGAGCCUACUAAAAACUGUAACUCUACUUAGAAUUUAUUCCGAUUUGGUAUACUUUAACAAAGAUGCCAAAUACCAUGGCACAUUUUUACUCCUAUUUCACUUACAUACAUGUAAGCCAAUCAGUACCAGAUUACUCUACAUAAUUUGUGAUUUUAUUUUUACUGCAAUUCUGUUCCUGUUUUCCCUGAAACUUUCAGUCUUCAAAACAUCUAAAACAGAAUUCACCUGUUCUCAUCGUCUUAAAUUACUGUAUGCCAUGUUUCUAUUAACAAUUUGUAUGAUAUUUCACAUACAUACAUGUAAGCAAAUCAGUACCAGAUGACUAUACAUAAUAUGUGAUUUUAUUUUACUGUGAUUCUCUUUUUGUUCUCCCUGAAAUUUCUAGUCUUCAAAAACAGAAGACACCUAGUACUGUUCUCAGGGGCUUAAAUUACAGUAUGCCAUCAACAAUUUGUAUAAUAUUUCACUUACAUACAUGUAAGCAAAUCAGUACCAGAUGACUAUACAUAAUUUGUGAUUUUAUUUUACUGUGAUUUUUUUUCCCCUAAAACUUUUAGUCUUCUAAAACUUCAAAAAAAGAAGACACCUGGUACUGUUCUCAGGGGCUUCAAUUACUCUAUGCCAUGUUUUUUAUUCCAUGUUUUGAUUCACUUACAUACAUGUAACCUAAUCAACACCACAUGAGUAUUCAUAAUACAAGUAUCAUUUUUUGAUUUUAUAUUUACUGUGAUUCUCUUUCAACAUGUUCAAUGUUCUUUAAGAUAAAUAAACAUUAUU